UCUACACUAAUCAAAUAGAUUCAAAAUGGGAUUCUAUCGCCAAGGACUCUUAAUAGUUAACAAUAAACUUCGUAGUUGUAGUCGUAGUAUAUUUACAAUAAGUCAAACCGUGUCCAUUUGUAACGCUCUCGAACGGACUCGAGAUAAAUUUGAAAAAUCAAAUAUUCCGGAAUCUGAUGUUUCCAGCAAGUUCCUGUUAAGCCAGGUACUUGGAGAAACUAAUCCUAAGGGAUAUUUGAACCACCAGGACAGAUUGCUACAAAGUGGAGAACUUGUCGAACUAAACCGUUUGAUCAGCUGCCGGUUAGCGAGAGUACCUGUUCAGUAUAUUGCUGGAACAUGGGACUUUCGCCAGAUCUGUCUCAAAGUUCGGCCUCCUGUCUUCAUACCUAGGACGGAGACGGAGCAGUUGGUUGAUAUAGUUCUGGAUAAUCUUCCAAAGAAAGAGAAUAUCAGGAUCCUUGAAAUAGGACCAGGUAGUGGAAACAUCUGCUUAUCAUUGCUCAAGGAGAGAAACAAUCUUACAGUCACUGCUCUAGAACGUUCGCGUUUAGCGGCCGAGCUGACCAGGGAAAAUGCGGUAAAUCUUGGACUUGAUAGUAGAUUGAACGUUGUUGAGAUGAGAGUGGAUGAUGAAACAGUAAUAGAGGAGAAAUUCGACCUUGUUGUCUCCAACCCUCCCUAUGUACUGAGGAAAGAUAUGAGGAACCUGGAGCCUGAGAUCAGUUUAUACGAAGACCUGAGAGCUCUGGAUGGAGGAGCAGAAGGUUUAGAUGUAAUUCUUUCCAUCCUUAAGGUUGCCGGACAGGUUCUGCCCAUGGGUGGAGAAGUGUACCUGGAGAUAGAUCCCUGUCAUUCGUCCUUACUCCCAGACCACCUAGAUUCUUUACCUCAUAAAUUCAUUCUGAAACAAGUUUACAAAGAUUUCCUGGAUAAAGACAGGUUUAUACGUUUGACCAAACUCUGAGAAUAUUUCUGCAGAUUAUUUAUUGCAGA